GCAGAUCCCAAAAUUUGGUAAACCAUGUUUGGGAACGGUGCCUGCAUCGCAAGUGCUCUGCUCUGGUUCUCGGGGUGCGUCCUGUCCGACGACAUCGUCGUGAGGCUGCCCCAAGGAGAUCUUCGAGGGAAAGAAGCCAGAUCCAGUGGGGAACAUCUUUAUUAUUCCUUCCAGGGCAUUCCGUAUGCAGAGCCGCCUGUCGGGGAACUUCGCUUCAAGCCCCCAGAAAGACACAGAGGAUGGUCGGGGACGAAGGACGCGACGCUGGAAGGCUCCGUGUGCAUCCAAAUGGAUGAUUUUUUCUUUAAUACGGGAAUCGAAGGUGGAGAAGACUGCCUUUUCCUCAAUGUCUUCACUCGUAAGGUGCCGAAAGAGGGUGAGGAAAACCCCAGAAUGGCGGUGAUGGUAUGGAUUCAUGGAGGAGGAUUCGCCUUCGGCAGCUCUCAUUCCAUGUUCUAUAACCCUGCAUAUCUCAUGGAUCACGACAUUGUCUUGGUCACCAUAAAUUACCGUGUGAACAUCCUAGGUUUUCUUUCGACGGAGGACGAAGUGGCUCAUGGGAACUAUGGGAUGUUGGAUCAAGUUCAAGCCUUGAAAUGGGUACAAGAAAAUGUGGAACAUUUCGGUGGCGACCCUUCAAGGGUGACGAUUUUCGGGGAAAGUGCAGGAGGGGCCAGUGUGCAUCUGCUGGUCCUGUCCCCAUUGGCUCGAGGGCUUUUCGCGAAUGCCAUCGCGAUGAGCGGAGUCGCCACUGAUCCUUGGGUGCUGCAGUGGGAAGCCAGAGAAGUAGCGGAAAGGCUCGGAGAGAUGGUAGGAUGCCCGAAAGACUCCAGUCAUGCCCUGGUGGAAUGUCUUCGCACGAUUGACGCCCGGGAGUUGGUGACGAAGAAGGGUAAUUUUCGCUUGUGGUCGGCGCUUCCUUUCACGUUCACCCCAAGAGUUGAUUCGGAAGCGAAGGAUCCUUUCCUGCCUGACGACCCUGAGAACCUCCUGCGAGAAGGCCGUUUCGCCAAAGUCCCCUUCAUCACCGGACUCACUCGAGACGAAGGGCUCUUCCUGGUUUACACUGCUUUGCUGAACGAGACACUGCUGACUGAAAUAGACGGGAACUGGGACUUUUACUGCCCUCGAAUGUUCCUUGGGAAGACCGAGGACACCGGGGACUACUGCAGUCGUCUCAGGAAACAGUACUUCGGGGAUCAACCCAUCAACCGCCACAAUCGAUACGAACUCGUCAGGAUGGCUGGAGACCAAAUGAUGAAUGUGGGGGCCCUCGAGACCGUGAAGGCCCAGAGCCGCUUCGUCCCCACGUACCUCUACUCCUUCGAGUACGAGGGAAGCCACGGGUUCAUAGACCUCAUUAGGGACUUGAUUGCCAAACAAGUUCCAGAGGAAAGAAUGGAAUCCUUGCCGAGGAUCAACGGCGAGUCUCGAAUUUUAUGA